CACAUGCCCACAGUUUCAGUUUUUCACCGCAUGAUCCACAUCCAUACAUCAAAUUUUUUUUUUUUUUUUUUUAAAUUGACAUCCAUACGUCUCAUUCUGCUACAUUACAUGAUUACAUCAUAAGAGAGAGAAAACGGUGCUUUGAACGGAUACGGAGUAUAUAUUUUUUUCUAGAGAGAGAAAGAGAGAGGGAAGAGAUAGAGAGAAACCUACAGCCAACAGCUACCCCUUUUGUUGUCUAAGAACGCCUGUGGCACACUCUGGUUCAAUAAAAACAGACCCUCUGCAUUCCCAUUUAAGUCAAUUCAGGUUUAUUUUGUAGAGAGAGGAAAUAUAAAGAGAAAGAGACACAUUUUGAUUCUCAGAUCAAAACAUACGAAGGUAUUUGAUACCUGGCCUUCAUUUGCGCAUUGGGUGUUUGUUUUGUUCUCUCUCAUGCCCUCUAUUCUUUCUGUGGGUUGAUUUGUUUCUCUCUCAAUUUUCUCUCUCUAGACUGAAAUUCUCGAGAUUGGCGUCUGAGAUAAAGACCAGAGCACCCUGUUCAAGCUCUUCCACACUCUCGUCUACUGUGAAGGAGAGAGAAAGUCUGAUGAGUGAGAGAGGAGGCUCGCUCUCUCGGUGGAGAGCUUGCCUGUACAUAGCAAUAAUCACCAUUUCAGUGUUGAAACUGUGAACCCAAAGCUCUAAACACUCUCAUACUCUUUCUGAGUCAGUCUGUUUUCGUAUUUGUUUUGGGUAAUUUUCUUUCUUUGUUGGGUUGUGUUUUAAUGGCCUUUUCGAUGCACAAAGAGAUGGAUGCGAGUAAGUACGUUAGAUAUACACCCGAACAAGUGGAGGCCUUAGAGAGAGUGUACUUGGAAUGCCCAAAACCUAGUUCUUUGAGGAGGCAACAGCUUGUUAGAGAAUGUGCUAUUCUCUCUAACAUUGAGCCUAAACAGAUAAAAGUCUGGUUUCAGAAUCGCAGAUGCCGCGAAAAACAGAAGAAGGAAGCUUCUCGCCUCCAGACUGUAAACAGGAAGCUGAGUGCCAUGAACAAACUGUUGAUGGAGGAGAAUGACCGCUUGCAGAAGCAGGUCUCACACUUGGUUUAUGAGAAUGGAUUGACGCGCCAGCAAAUCCAGAAUGCAUCCACAACAACCACAGACACUAGCUGCGAGUCUGUGGUCGUGAGUGGUCAGCAUCAACAGCAAAAUCCAACAUCUCAGGGUCCACAGAGGGAUGCUAACAACCCAGCCGGUCUUCUCGCAAUAGCUGAGGAGACCCUGACAGAGUUCCUUUCUAAGGCUACUGGGACUGCUGUCAGCUGGGUCCAAAUGAUUGGGAUGAAGCCUGGUCCGGAUUCUAUUGGAAUCAUUGCUGUUUCCCACAAUUGUAGUGGUGUAGCAGCACGAGCCUGUGGUCUUGUGAGUCUAGAGCCCACAAAGGUCGCUGAAAUCCUUAAAGAUCGUUUAUCUUGGUUUCAUGACUGCCGUUGCCUUGAUGUAUUGAGUGUAAUCCCUGCUGGAAAUGGGGGGACAAUAGAACUCAUAUACAUGCAGACUUACGCACCAACAACAUUGGCAUCAGCUCGUGACUUUUGGACGCUGAGAUAUACUACAAAUUUAGAAGAUGGAAGUAUAGUGAUAUGCGAGAGGUCGUUGACUUCUUCCACUGGUGUCCCAACGGGGCCUUCUGUUUCAUGUUUUGUGAGAGCGGAAAUGCUGCCUAGUGGUUACCUAAUACGGCCUUGUGAGGGUGGUGGCUCCAUGGUUCACAUUGUUGAUCACUUCGACUUGAAUGCAUGGAGCGUUCCUGAAGUUCUCAGGCCACUUUAUGAAUCAUCCAAAAUUCUUGCUCAGAAAAUGACUAUGGCUGCCUUGCGACACAUUCGACAAAUUGCACAGGAAACCAGUGGAGAAAUUCAGUAUGGUGGGGCUCACCAACCUGCUGUAUUAAGGACAUUUAGUCAGAGAAUGUUCAGGGGAUUCAAUGAUGCUCUUAAUGGGUUUGUGGAUGAUGGUUGGUCAAUUAUGGUUAGUGAUGGUGUUGAAGAUGUGACAAUUGCUAUAAACUCAUCUCCAAGCAAAUAUCUCUGGUCUCAAUACAACACAUUGUCAAUGCUCCCAACUUUUGGGGGGGUGCUGUGCGCAAAGGCAUCAAUGCUUCUUCAGAAUGUUUCUCCUGCUUUGCUUGUGCGUUUCCUAAGGGAGCACCGUUCUGAAUGGGCAGACCAUGGGGUUGAUGCUUACUCUAAUGCAUCUCUUAAAGCUAGUCCUCAUGCGGUUCCUUGUGCCAGAUCUGGUGGCUUUCCUAGCAGCCAGGUCAUAUUACCUCUGAGUCAUGCUGCAGAGCACGAGGAGUUUUUGGAGGUGGUUCGGCUAGAAAGUCGUGCAUUCUCCCCUGAGGACAUAGCUUUGUCACAAGAUAUGUAUUUACUACAGUUAUGCAGUGGAGUUGAUGAGAAUGCAACUGGUGCCUGUGCUCAACUUGUUUUUGCACCUAUUGAUGAAUCAUUUGUUGAUGAUGCUCCUUUGCUGCCAUCUGGUUUCCGUGUUAUACCACUGGAACCUAAAUCAGAUGGGCCUACUGCAACUCGAACGUUAGAUUUGGCUUCUACACUCGAAGUGGGUCCUGGAGGUGUACGUCCUGCUGGUGAAGCUGAUCUGAGCAGUUAUAACCUUAGGUCCGUUCUGACUAUUGCAUUCCAAUUCACUUUUGAGAACCACUUUCAAAACAAUGUGGCUGCUAUGGCUCGCCAGUACUUGCGCAGUGUUGUUAGCUCUGUUCAGAGGCUUGCUAUGGCUAUUGCCCCCUCUAGGCUCAGCACCCAUAUGGGGCCAAAACCACUUCCUGGUUCACCUGAGGCUCUUACUUUAGCACGAUGGAUUUGCAGGAGCUACAGGAUCCACACUGGCGGACAACUCUUUCAGAUCAACUCGCAAGCUGGUGAUGCUGUCUUGAAACAACUUUGGCACCACUCAGAUGCGAUAUUGUGCUGCUCUACAAAGACAAAUGCAUCUCCAGUUUUCACCUUUGCAAACCAGGCAGGGCUUGACAUGCUUGAAACUACUCUUGUGGCCCUUCAAGACAUAAUGCUGGAUAAGAUUCUCAACGAAGCUGGUCGGAAAAUUCUACUCUUAGAGUUCUCUAAGAUCAUGCAACAGGGAUACACGUAUUUGCCGGCAGGGAUAUGUGUGUCUAGCAUGGGUAGGCUGGUGUCUUAUGACCAAGCCAUAGCAUGGAAAGUGCUCAAUGAUGAUGAUUCCAGUCACUGCUUGGCUUUCAUGUUCAUAAACUGGUCUUUUGUAUGAGCAAAAACAUAUGGCUCCAAGAAUUUGUACUAGCUCUUUAAGUUAUUUUAUGCAUUUUGUUUAGGUAAAUGUAGACUCAUCUGCCAAUCUAUGUAUGCAUGGGGGCACAUGUGAUUAUGUUUUGCUUAGUGGUUACAGUAAUGCCAUCUAUUUCAAUUAUCUUGAAUGUCUCAAGAAGUUAGUUGGGAUUUCAAUCAAGAUGGAGAAUAUUGGCAGUAGAGGGGUCAGCCUCCUAUUAGGUUUGUUGAAUGUCUCAAGAAGUUAGUUGGGAUUUCAAUCAAGAUGGAGAAUAUUGGCAGCAGAGGGGUCAGUUUGUUGCCUGAUUUGAUUUUUUGUUUUGGUCAAUUUCAUCAGGAAUGGUAAUUUCUAGUAGCAUUGACAUAGAUUCA